CCAUGCGGGACCGCCAGACAUGAUAGGAGAGCAAUAGGUAAUGGAGGUUCGAUGAAGCUGAACUCGUUAGCGCCGCGCGCUAGCUCUCUCCAAAUUCCGCAGAGUGCGCCUUUCUCAUCAUCGACUCGAGGCGCGUCAACGUAUCAGCGCAUCUGCACCCGCACAAGCGACAAGAAAUGGCCGACUCUGCCCCAGCCAAAAGGAAGUCCGAGUCGGACGCACACGGUAAUGGCGAUGCUAAGCGAUCUAAAGUAAGACCAUCCCAAACACUUUACCGAACACAUGAUUUUAGGACCACAGUCUCUAAACGCAUAUGCAACUUUGCCGUGCUGCAUGAUGCUAAUGCUGUUUUGAAGGGUAAAAAGAGGUGGGAGAUGCCAAGACGAGGAAAUGCUGAGGUUCGACAAAUCAACCCUGGUGAUGUGGGUAUCUGGGCUACAUGUGCUAUGAAGAAAGAAGCACCUACGGUCGCAGACCUGCGAGAUCUGUUUCAGGGAGUGAGUUGGAAAUUAUUGCCGAAUGCAGUUGCAGUCUUCACGAUCGAUAUACAUUGCUGACAAGCUUGAAGUACGCUACAAAGCUUUAUGGCGAGCAAACCGCCAACGGGACAGCUGACGAGGAGGACUCUGACGCUGGCGGUGAUAUCGAGGCUGAAAUCAACAAAGAGCUUGCCGAAAUUCGUAAGCCAACCGUAAAGCCUCUCUUCACAUCAGUGAAGCUGGAUACUCAGUGCUUGGUGUUCUUCAAGACACGAGCGCCAGUAGAUCCUGUCUCAUUUGUUCACAAGAUCUGCCUAGACACCGCAGACGGUGUUCAGCAUAAAAAUUGCCGUUUCGUCAAACGACUGACCCCAAUCACGGGUAUCGAGAAAGCCAACCAAAAGGGCCUCGAGACCAUCGCAGAGCAGGUGCUUGCGCCGCAUUUUCACGGGCAAGAGAACGCGGGGAAAAAGUUCGCGAUCCGACCCACGAUCCGGAAUAACAAAGACUUCAAGAGGGACGAUGUUAUCAAAACAGUCGCGGCUGCAGUGGGACCCGGUCACAAGGUCGAUUUACACGGUUACGACUUGCUCAUCUUUGUGGAGAUAUACAAGAACAUUAUCGGUAUGAGUGUCGUCGGCCCUGACUACGACAAGCUCAAGCGAUACAACAUCGAGGAGCUCCGUCAAGGACCGAGCGCGCAGACCACAGAAGCGGGCGUACCGCCCACACCUACGGAAAGUACCUGAGAUGAUUUGGAGUCGCAGCGACAACAUUAAUAGCUCUCAAUUCUGAGGCUGCCGAAUGUGCGGGUCUCGGUCCAUUUGUUUGCAGCUAACGGUUGUGCUUGCGAUGGAGCAAAGCGAAUCUCGCUCGUCAUAAUCUUGAGAAACGACAAGAUACCGUGCUUCUUACUACCUAGCAUCCGCUCAGAUGCAUGGUCCGCGGUGCUGGAACCGAGGCGAGGCUUACAUGGGUAUCUUCCGGCUCCACUACGUUUGCAGCCUGCCAACUCGGAGGAUGCUGCAAAGAAACGAUUCGGUCUGGCCAGAUGGGGAGUUUGCUAGAAGCCAGUGAGACGCUGAAUGCACAUCUCAAUUCCGCUCAUCCUGGUCGUGCCCGCACGCGUGCCCGCACGCGUGCCACACGCCACCCCCUGCUUGCUAGAUGAAGCACAUGCGCUCACUCACCGU